UGGCGGUGGCGGCGGCCGCUCGGGGGAUGGUCCCCGGGUCUGAGGGACCGGCCCGCGCCGGGGGGCUGGUGGCCGACGUGGUGUUUGUGAUCGAGGGCACGGCCAACUUGGGGCCCUACUUCGAGGGGCUCCGCAAGCACUACCUGCUCCCGGCCAUCGAGUACUUUAAUGGGGGUCCUCCUGCCGAGACGGACUUCGGGGGAGACUAUGGGGGGACCCAGUACAGCCUCGUCGUGUUCAACACGGUGGACUGCGCGCCCGAGUCCUACGUACAGUGUCACGCUCCCACCAGCAGCGCCUAUGAGUUUGUCACCUGGCUGGAUGGCAUCAAGUUCAUGGGUGGCGGCGGUGAGAGCUGCAGCCUCAUCGCUGAGGGACUCAGCACAGCCCUGCAGCUGUUCGACGACUUCAAGAAGAUGCGGGAGCAGAUCAGUGGCCAGACACACCGUGUCUGCCUCCUCAUCUGUAACUCGCCGCCCUACCUGCUGCCCGCUGUGGAGAGCACCGUGUACUCGGGGUACACCACCGAGAACCUGGUGCAGAAGAUUGGCGAGCGGGGCAUCUACUUCUCCAUCGUGUCUCCCCGGAAGCUGCCCGCCCUGCGGCUGCUGUUCGAGAAGGCAGCCCCCCCGACCCUGCUGGAGCCCCUGCAGCCCCUGACGGACGUGAGCCAGGACCCCCGGCACAUGGUGCUGGUGCGGGGGCUGGUGCUGCCAGUUGGGGGUGGCUCAGCCCCAGGCCCGCUCCAGCCUAAGCAGCCCGGCCCACUGCCUCCAGCCCCCACCUCUGCCGCUGCGCUCUCGGCAGCCCCCCAGCAGCCUCUGCCGCCUGUACCCCCGCAGUACCAGGUCCCUGGGAACCUGAGUGCAGCGCAGGUGGCGGCCCAGAAUGCUGUAGAAGCUGCCAAGAGCCAGAAGGCUGGACUGGGCCCGCGCUUCUCCCCCAUCAACCCUCUCCAGCAAGCUGCACCAGGUGUGGGCCCCCCCUUCAGCCAGGCCCAGGCCCCCCAGAUGCCCCCGGGGCCCCCUGGUGCUCCCAAGCCACCGCCCGUGUCCCAGCCCAGCUUGGUCUCCAACGUGGCUCCUGGCUCGGGUCUGGCCCCCCCUGCGCAGCCUGGGGCACCAUCCAUGGCCAGCUCCGUGGCCCCAGGAGGUGUGAGUGGUCCCUCCCCGGCCCAGCUGGGGGCCCCAGCACUGGGUGGGCAGCAGUCUGUGACCAAUAAGCUCUUGGCCUGGAGCGGGGUGCUUGAGUGGCAGGAGAAGCCCAAGCCUGCCUCUGUGGACGCCAACACGAAACUGACCCGCUCCCUGCCCUGCCAGGUCUACGUGAACCACGGAGAGAACCUGAAGACGGAGCAGUGGCCACAGAAGCUGAUCAUGCAGCUCAUCCCCCAGCAACUGCUGACCACCCUGGGCCCUUUGUUCCGCAACUCGAGGAUGGUCCAGUUCCACUUCACCAACAAGGACCUGGAGUCCCUCAAAGGCCUCUACCGAAUCAUGGGCAACGGCUUUGCAGGGUGCAUGCUGUUCCCCCACAUCUCUCCCUGCGAGGUGCGCGUGCUGAUGCUGCUGUACUCGUCCAAGAAGAAGAUCUUCAUGGGCCUCAUCCCCUACGACCAGAGUGGCUUCGUCAGCGGCAUCCGGCAGGUCAUCACCACCCGCAAGCAGGCUGUGGGCCCAGGCGGGAACGCUGGCCCGGUGCACAUGGUUAACAACAAGUUCCUGGCGUGGAGCGGAGUCAUGGAAUGGGAGGAGCCCAGGCCUGAACCCAACAGCUGCUCCAAGAGGUGGCUGCCCUCCCACGUCUACGUGAACCAGGGCGAGAUUCUGAGGACCGAGCAGUGGCCUCGGAGGCUGUUCAUGCAGCUCAUCCCGCAGCAGCUGCUGACCACCCUGGUGCCGCUGUUCCGGAACUCCCGGCUGGUACAGUUCCACUUCACCAAGGACGUGGAGACGCUCAAGAGCCUUUGCCGCAUUAUGGACAACGGCUUUGCUGGCUGCGUGCACUUCUCCUACAAGGGCACGUGUGAGGUGCGCGUGCUCAUGUUGCUGUACUCCUCGGAGAAGAAGAUCUUUAUCGGCCUCAUCCCCCACGACCAGGGAAACUUUGUCCACGGCAUCCGCCGUGUCAUCGCCAACCAGCACCUGGUCCUGCAGCGCAACCUGGAGCAGGAGCAGCAGCAGCGGGGGAUGGGGGGCUAGUGCUCCCUGCCCGGUCUCCAGGAGCCUCGGAUGAGGCCCCCACCCCACCCCGACUGGUGAGCGGCGCCCACGCAGGGGACAGAGUUGAGCCUCAGGGGCAACAGGAGGGCCAUCUGGCCCAGACAAGGUGGAUGGUGAGGAAGGCAUAGGUCUGGGGCCCUGUUGGGAGCUGCCACCCAGACCCUGCACUGUCACCUGCCUGCCAGGUCAGAUGCCUCCCAAGAGGGCCCCCUGGGAGUGCAAUGGCCCAGGUGAUGAAGGAGGGGGGCGCGACCUAACCCCUGUGUAUUUCCCCAAUAAAGCCUUUUAAAAACCUGCCUA